UCCGCCUUUGAUAUAACAUUCUUUCCUCAAACUAUCAAAACCUGUUCGAACAAUGAAGCUAAGUUCAGCGGAACUCAUAAAAUUGGAAAGCAAGCAUGCCGCUCACAACUAUCACCCUAUACCCGUCGUCCUAUCAAAGGGGGAAGGUGUCUAUGUGUGGGAUAUAGAAGGGAACCGAUACUACGACUUUUUGAGCUCCUACUCUGCUAUCAGCCAGGGUCAUCGCCAUCCUGCGAUUAUGAAGGCGAUGCGCGAGCAAAUGGAGCGCAUGACGUUGUGCUCUAGGGCGUUUUACAACGACAUGCUUCCAAGAUAUGCAGAACACGUGACGAAGUUGCUGGGAUACGACAUGAUUCUUCCUAUGAACAGCGGUGCCGAGGCCGUCGAGACGGCUAUCAAGCUGUCAAGAAAAUGGGGGUACAAAGUUAAACAAAUACCGACUGGUCAAGCAAUUGUUGUUUGCUGCAAAGGAUGUUUUCAUGGCCGAACGAUAGCCGUUAUCAGCAUGAGCGAUGACCCCUCCGCCUACGAGGACUACAGUCCAUAUUUGCCGGGGCUUCGUUCUAUUCCGUACAAUGACGUGGAGGCUUUGAAGACCGUCCUGGAAGCCGAGGGGAAUCUUGUGUGUGCAUUUUUGGUGGAGCCCAUUCAAGGCGAGGCCGGGGUUGUGGUUCCGGACGAAGGCUAUCUGUCGAAAUGCUACGAUCUGUGUCGCAAACACAACGUUUUGUUUGUAGGGGACGAGGUGCAGACGGGGCUUGGUCGAACCGGAAGAAUGUUGGCCACCGAGUGGGAAAAUGUGCGGAGCGACAUUUUGAUAUUGGGAAAGGCUCUUUCCGGAGGCACAAUGCCCGUUUCGGCCGUUCUGGCUAACUCCGAUAUCAUGUUGACGAUUCAGCCAGGCGAGCACGGUUCCACGUAUGGUGGCAAUCCUCUGGCUUGUGCGGUGGCAAUGGCUUCUUUAGACGUGAUAGUCAAUGAAAGACUUGCAGAAAACGCCUUCAAGCAGGGGACGAAACUUAUGCAGGCGUUGAAUGACUUGAAGAAGAAGUAUUCAUUCAUUUCCCAGGUGAGGGGGAAGGGGUUGCUUAUUGCAAUUGUCAUCAACCAUCAGAGCAAGUCGGCGUGGGAUUUGUGUAUGAUUAUAAAGAAGAAUGGACUACUUUGCAAACCGACUCACGAGGACAUCGUCAGGUUUGCUCCUCCGCUCGUCAUAACAGACGAUCAAGUGGAAGGGGCCAUUUCGAUAGUUUCGAAGUCUAUAGAAGAGUUUUCGUCUGACAAAUGCUAAUAUAAAAAAAAAUAGAGGGCGAGAA